UUCCACCCCAACCCAAAUCAAACCAUGGUCUACCCCUUCACCCUCCCCACGACCUCUCACCUUUCCCUGCAAUCUUCCCUCUCCUCCUCCACCCAUCCCUCUCUCCCCCAAGCCGCCUCCACCGCCCGCCAUGCCCUCCGCGUCGCCCUCAAGACACACAAGCAACUCCCUCCAGGCCCCCAACAAGACGCCCACCUGCCCACCAUCCUAACAGCCCUCACCGACUACCUCCCCUAUCUACACGCCCUCUCCGCCGGCCUCGCCGACAAACCCAUCGAAACCACCAGCGGCACCCGCGAACUCAUAACCGUCAUCCCGCGCGCGGACCUCGCCCCCGAAUGGCGCCCCACCUUGUCCUCCCCCGCAGCAGCAACAGCACCAAGCCGCACGCGCGCCCGCGGCCACACCCUCGACUUUGAGAUCGCCUUCGUCCUCACAACCCUAGGCUACGUCCUCAGCGGACUCGCCCACUCAGGCGUCACCCGCACCGUCUACGCAACAUCCACCCCCACGGCGGACCAACGCACCGCCGCCGUCCAAUCCGCCACCCGCUCGCUCCUCCAAGCCAGCGCCGUGCAUACCCUCCUCGCCUCGUGGCCUCCCAACCUGGCCUCAACCUCAACGCCCCCACCACCCGACACAAACCCCACGACCCAAACCGCUCUCGCCAGCCUAGCUCUCUCAGAAGCAACCCUCCUAGCAGUCCUCAAGGACGACUCCUACAUCGCAGCAUGCAUCCAAGCGCGCAACCCCCACGACCGCGACUGGAUGGUGCGCGCGCCCGAGAUCCCUAAAGUGCGCGCCCACCUCUUCGCGCGCCUGUGUCUCCGCGCAGCAGAGUACGCAGACCAAGCGGCGGCGGGGCUAGGCUCCGUCGGGGCGCACGCGAAAGCGAAAGCCGGCGUGGACGAGCGGCUUGUGCGGUAUGUGCGGGUGUUGAGCCGAGUGGCGCGCGCGCGUGCGUGUCGCUUUUUCGGCGUCGAUGCGGAGCUCGCGGGGCGGAUCGGGGAGGGGAUCGCUUGGCUGAGGGCUGCGAGGGGGGCGUUGGGGGUGCAGGGUGGGAUGGCGGGCAAGAAGGAUAGGGCGGAGAAGGCGGAGAAGGGGGCGGCGAGUGGGUUGGAUAGGCUGAAGCAGGGGUGGAUGGAGAGGAGGGAGGAGAGGAGGUUGGAGAAGGGGGCGGGCGGGGGGAGUCGUGAGAAGAGCGGGGAGUUGGGCCCGGGGGAUUAUGCGGGGAGGGAGGAGGAGGGGAGGGUGAUUGAAAUGUUGGAGGUGAAGUGGGUGAGGAUGAAUGAUACUAUAAAUACCCAGCUGAUCCCUCCGUCUACGGAUCUCCUGAACAGUCUUCCCUCCGGCCGCGAUAUACACUCGCCGCCAGGACCGUACAAGCUGCCGGCUCUGGACGACGAGCAGCUGGCGCAGAUGCGGGCACCGCCGGAUGAUACCGGGAGUAUCAGUGGUGAGAGUGACGAGGAGGAAGGUGACGAGGGAUUGGGACAGAUGCAAACGGGGACGCCGGGGGCGUACCCGGAGCGGACGGAGAGUGCAUAUUACUGACAUACAUGACCAUAUCCUGCUGUUUCUUAUUGAUGUUUUGGAUAGAACGAUGGGCCUAGCUCUGACGGGCCGGAUCGAAUAUAGUAUCGCAAGCACAUACUACACUAUAUACAUGCCGUACGUAGUAAUAACCAGCUUACAAUUCAUUGCCAACCAGCAUCUCAGCAAGUCUUAACAGCCAGCCUCACAAUCACCAGCAGAAUCCCAGCCGAACAUCACCAGGUGUGAUAAAAAAAGUUUAUAAAUAAAGUACAAUGCAACCAACAAAUGCAAUAAACACAGGAUAAGAUAGAAAGGGAAUAAUCAAGCCUUCUCGAACACGUUCUUCUCCUGUCCCAGAUAACCCUUGAUCUUGCGCUCGCUGAGCAGUUCGAAGUAUUUUU